CCUGGCUAGUCUUGCAUCUCCUAUUAUGGGUCGCUUUGUGUUCAUUCUUUCGCUCCUUGUGCUUGUUGCGGCAUCAGUUGGCAAUGCAACUUUACCUGCUGAGCUUUACUGGCAGAAAGUUCUGCCCAAUACUCUGAUGCCAAAGAUCAUCAUGGCACAACUACAUCCAGAUGCAAAGGGAGGCAACGUGACGAUCAUCAAUCCUUAUCGCCCAUUAUACUACUCCGUUUCCACGGAGCUUCAGUUCCCCAGCGACCCAGCCCUCUUCUUCCUGGAGAAGGACCUGCAUCCUGGAGCCGGGAUGAAUCCCGGCCUAAGCUUCACCAGGACCCUUUCUGGCGCCGCGUUCAUUCCCCGCGCCCAAGCUGAUGCCAUACCCUUCUCCUCCGACAAGUUCCCCGAGAUCCUCCACCGCCUGAACGUUCUUCCAAACUCCGAAUUAGCCAAGGAAGUAAAGAAGACGCUCGGCGAUUGCGAGGAGGCCGCCAUCGAGGGAGAGCACAAGUUCUGCGCCACCUCACUGGAAUCAAUGCUCGACUUCGUCACCUCCAAGCUUGAGACGCGUGACAUCCAGGUCUUGGCAACCACGGUGCGCGGCAACAAAGAGACUGCACCGAAGCAAAGGUACACAGCUGCACCCUCGGGUGUGCGAAAGGCUCCGGGCGCCAAGUUGGUCGCGUGCCACCCCGAGGCCUACCCACACAGUGUAUAUUAUUGCCACUUGACCCGGGCUACCAAAGCCUAUGUGGUCACACUGGUAGGGGAGGAAGGGACGCUGGUGGAGGCUGUGGCAAUAUGCCACCAUGACACAUCCAGCUGGAGGUCCGUGUUCUUCAAGGUGCUGCGCGUGAAACGUGGAACACCCAUCUGCCAUUUCCUGCCACAAGACCACCUAGUCUGGAGUCCCGUUCACUAGGGUGCGUUGCACGACUGGUUGAAGCCCUCGUCGUCGUAUUAAUUAGCAGUGUUUGCUCUACUGCAUGGGAUAUUUAUCCACUGUCAUCAGAGUGAAGCAUGCUUGAUGAGUGUUAUGCUAUCCUCAUAGUAUUAAUUCAUAAGGAAAAUAAUUGCGUGGACGUGUAAUUGUUGUCGAUCAUUCGGAACCAAAGUUAUGAUAAACACACCA